AUUGGCAACGUCGCAAUUGCGCCACCAACGAAAAAAGUCAUCACCGAUCACCGCCUGCUACUUUUGUGUGUUGUUUGUCCAUUCAAGGACAUGCAUUCAUAUGUGUACAUAGGAAACGCCGGUAAACGCCGGCCGGCGUACAACAACAAUUGCAUGCUGUUACUUCAGUCAGCGAGCAGUGGAAAGUUCCAUUGCGCACACAGAUGUUUGUGUGCGUGUGAAUGAAGCAAUCAUUCAAGCAACUGACGUGUUCGCCAAUCCAUUCAGAUCCAUUCAAGUUUCCGGCCAGUUAAGACGUGGCUCUUUAAGAAGAAGUUCCAACGAGUUGAAAUUAGUUCCUGCUGAGUUAAGUUCCUCCUUUAAUUCCUUCCAAGUUAAGUUUUCCUUCCUCCGUUAAGUUAUGUUUCCUUCAAUUAAUUAUAAGUGUAAAUAGUGUAAAUAAAACUGUAAAUAGAGAACAUUUAAGUGCCAAGUUAUUCAAGUCAAAUCCCUCCAAUUAGCAUCCGGAAAAUUGUGUCUUCGGACUUUCGAACGGUCCCCAAAUUCGAGCAAAAUACAGUCCACGGCUCUUUCAUUGGUCCGAUUCGAACCGGAUAAGAACUUUGACUGUUUCGAAAGUCUGCUGCGCUCCGGAUGCAAGUGUUAAGUGAGAAAAGGCACGCAAAAAACUUAAGUGAAAAAUUUAAAAGCUUUACCGUAAACAAGUGACUUGACAAAAUUUUCCUGCCAGUGAAUCGGAUUCAGCGUUAAUUGGUGCUGCUCCAAUUUUUAAGUGGUGUUGCUGAUUUUCCCAAAUUUUUAUAACCGAACACAAUAUGAAUUCCCCGACCCAGAAAAUGAAGAAAAUAGAUGCUCUGAUUUUCCGCAGGGAACAUGAGUUCCAAAAAGUGAAGAAGAUUUUCCAUGUGCUCCAUCCGAGUGAUGAUUUGAGUAUCCAGAUGACUGUAGGAAGAAUCAGAGCCUACUUUAUGUUUAUCGGCCAAGCACAAGAAGAAUUUUAUGCCGCUCAUAAACAAAUCCUUGAUCUAGCUCCCUUCAAGGAUCUUGAAGCCCACUUCCAGUAUCUUAGUGUCUUUGAGUUGCUCUGUUCUGAAGUUUUGAUCGCUCUUCAAAAAUUCUCUUCUAACAUUUCAACAAGUUGCAUUAGCACAACAUCCGCCUUAAGUUAUGCACCAUCUUUAAGAAAUGAAAUUCCAAGCAUAAAAUUAAGAGAAAGUUUCUCGAUCCAAGAAGAGAACAUCUGCCCUAAGUUUGAACAAUCUUCCGUUCAGCACCUUAAAUCCGAAGAAGAAUCAAAUGAAGAUUUUAAGACCAAUUCUGUAGACAUUAAGAAAAAUCCUGAAGAAGAUAAGUCUUACCCUGAUGAGGAUAAUAUUCCUCAAAAAAGUGGAGUGAAAUUUCCCCCAAAAGAAGACGCGAGUAAGAAGCAACUUUCGGUUCCGCCCCAGAAUGAGUUCCAUGUCCAAUCCGCCAGCCAACUUUCCAAUGAUUUGUGUUGCAAAAAUCUUAUCUUCCCUACCGAUGAUCCCUUCCAGUGUAAGAUACCAUUUCCACCUGUUGAGAAAAAUCCUGAACUUAAGUCAGUGAAAUGUAAAAUUCUUCGAGAAAGAAACAUUCAGCUACAAUCUAAGAUGCCAAAUUUUCCUACCGUUGCUGAAAAACGUCCGGAUGAAAAUCCAAAUUUUAAGUGUAAAAAACUGCCUGAGAAAAAUAAGAAGUUAAGCCGUUUCCUUCAAAACCUCCUGGCUCGUGAGUGCGGGGUCGACAGUGCGCAAAAAACAAGACAUUGCGCGCGCUACUUCAAGGUCCCCAACGUUCCUAACAGCCCGACGUCGAGGAAGAUUGAAAUUCCGAAGAUUCCCGGGGAAGUAUGUUCGAGCCAAACUCGAAGAAUUGGCAACGUCGCAAUUGCGCCACCAACGAAAAAAGUCAUCACCGAUCACCGCCUGCUACUUUUGUGUGUUGUUUGUCCAUUCAAGGACAUGCAUUCAUAUGUGUACAUAGGAAACGCCGGUAAACGCCGGCCGGCGUACAACAACAAUUGCAUGCUGUUACUUCAGUCAGCGAGCAGUGGAAAGUUCCAUUGCGCACACAGAUCCUGCCCACAUCGGAAACCGUCCGCGUGGUUCCGUCACGUUCCGGUUCGAGGUCGAACCCAGUACCCUGAACCUCUGUUCUACAAGAGGGUCUUAUGUUGCGCCCGAGAGGGAAAUCCGGAAGUGACCACCAACACGGGGAAGGACCAUCGCAUCAUCGAAAUUCAACUCCGCUCAACCAGGAGCGAAGGAACCGCAGCAGUAUCACCACUGAACGAGAAGCCGCAUCGUCAUCAUCGCCCGUCAUCGCAGCCGUGA